ACGUAUACUUGAAACUUGAAAGAGCCAUGCUGCUUCACCGCGUGUUCUUUAUCUAUACCCCGGAAGCUGUUUUGUGUGUUGUCUUGUAUGCUUAUAUACAGAAUAAGUUUAAUUUAAAACGUUGGAGGUCCUUCGCUCAGUAUUAGAUACAAAGUGUGAUUGAAAUUAAUCUUUAAUACUAUAUAAGAUAGAUGAGCUAUUCUACUUAUCACUAAUUAGUUUUAGAUUGGAAGUCAAUCUAAUUUAAUAUAAUAUUAGAGUUUGAUUUACGCAGUUUUAUCCGAUCUACAUCGAUCUGGUCCAAAGUUGGCCCAUCAAUCCUUGUCCGAGUAUUCUAAAAUUGACACUCAAAAAACUUUUCAUCUCGAAUGGCGUAUUAAACACAAAAUAUCUUACAUCACUACUUGAAAUGAAUAUUUAGUAAUAUAUAAUAUAAAUAUACCACUUCAUUUAUCAUCAAUUGGUUUUAAGUUAUAAGUCUAUCUAGCUUAACACUUUGUAUCUUAUGGUAUGUAAUUUGCUGGUCAAAACGACAUUAGGUGACGACUAUUCUUUGUUUUGAGACUAGAUUGAACUACCGAAAAAGUCUUCCACCCCUGGAUGGCAGCAACUAUGAUUAUUAAAAAUCAAGUGAAAUAAACAACUCUUAACAAACAAAAAACAAUUAAGAAAUCAACUUUGAUUAAUGUUAAAUUCAGGUUUAUUAUGGGCUUCCAACUUAAAACCAAUUGGUGAUUAUUGGAUUGACUUUAACCCUUUAUAUAUUACUUAAUGUCCCUUAGAAUUUCCGAUAUGGGAUAUACAUCUCUAAUACUCCUCCUCGAGAUGAUGGCUGUUAUCGGCCAAAAAUCUCGAAACUUUAGAACAUUUAUACUCAGUCGAACGAGUUUAACACAACCUUUAUACCCGGUUGAAAGGGUUAAUCACGACCUUUAUACCCGGUCGGAAGGAUUAAUUUUUAAUGAUCUGGGCUCUGAUACCAUGUUAAAUUCGGGUUUAUUAUGGGCUUCCAACUCAAAACCAAUUAGCAAUUAGUACAUUGGCCUUAACCCUUUAUGUAUUACUUAAUGUCACAUUGAUUUUCCAAUGUGGGAUACAUAUCCCUUAAUACCCCUCCUCGAAAUGAUGGUUCUUAUCGGCCAGAAAUAUCGGAAACUUUUUAAGACAGUUAUACUCGGUCGAGCGAGUCAAUUACGACCUAUUUACCCGGUCGGGUAGGAUUAAUAUUAAUUAGGGAUUUAACUUAUUAGGAUUUGGGCUCUGAUACCAUGUUAAAUUCAGGUUUAUUAUGGGCUUCCAACUUAAAACCAAUUAGUGAUUAGUGGAUUGACCCUAACCUUUUAUAUAUUACUUAAUGUCCUUUAGAAUUCCCGAUGUGUGAUACAUAUCCUUUAAUAAUUAGAACAUGUGUUGCAACAUAUAAACCGGGGAAUACAAUCCCAAAUCUAAAAUGAUGAACAAUGGAGAAAAUUUAAAGAAAAUGGAGAAAAUUAAGAGGCCAUGAGAAAUGUCAAAACCUUUUUCUACUACUUAUUAAAUGUUACCAGAAAUGAACUCAAAAGAGAAAACCAUAAAAUAAGUUGAGUUGCCUAUGCUAUAUAACCCACAAAAUAAGUUUACUAGGCUAUAUCUAUGAAUUUUUAGAAGUUGUCUAUUAUUACAAAAUGAGUUACAUUCAGGAUACUUUAGUCUUCCCCCGGUCUAUACUACUGUCUUCUCUUUGGAAAAGAAUACAACAAAUUCAUUAUUGUGAUAAAGAUACUGUCUUCGCUAUCCCACAAGGUUAUUCUCAGAAAGCAGCAAUGACAGAGAUAAAUGAUAAUUCGUGGUAUGAGUUCUAACUUUAUGAAUGUUUAUAUAAAAUCAAAAGUGAGGACUCCCUACAUCUUCGCUCCGAGUUCAACUGAUGAAACCUCACUUUCUGAUUCAGAAUAACCUUGGACUACAAUUGAUGGACAAAUGUGCCCCUCAGUUUUGACCGUCACAUUGUCUUUUGUGGCCUUUACAUAACUUACCAACUAUCCAAUCGUUAACCUCUGAAUUACAUGUUGCAUAUUCGAUUAGCUGAUUGCUUUAUAAAUGUGAAUUUAUUUUGUUUCAAACAGUUAUAUAUGUCGUUGUUACGUCAAUUUCAAAGCUGAAAAUGUUGUUCAUGUUAAUUUUAUUUUGUGUUCUAAUAUAUAUUUUAAUGUAAUUUCUAACCAGAAAGUAAACUUAAGUUAAAUUCGUUUGCGAAGUCAAAAAUGCCGACUCGAGACUGAGCCUUAGGAGGGAAGUUAUUUCCGUUCAUAUAUGACGAGGUAUUGUCAACUGUUCCCAAUCAUACACUACAUACACAAUACUUUAAUAUUUAUACAUUUACGUAUGGUAUGAUGUCUUAAAUCUAAAUGUUGUUCCUCUUUCCUUAUAAGAAUUAAUAUUGGAGUAUUGAUACCAUGACAAAUUAUAGUUUGGAUCAAAAGAAACUUGAAUUUUAUUGACAAUCAUGCUUGGUAUUUAUACCCAAGAAAGUACUGCUAGAAUAGGAAAACGUAAAACCAAAUCUAACUAGGAAAAACAUAUGAAUAAUUAUCUAAAGACAUAUUAGUAUGAUUUCCUAAGCUUUAUAGAAAAUACAUUUUGCCAGGUAUACAGUAAAUCAUGUAUUUUUUGCUCUGCAUUAUAAAUUAAUUGGAGUGACUAAUUUAAAACCCUUUAUAAAAUGAAUAUACGAAGCUUUUUCUAUUAAGCCCCAAAAUCAGCUUCAAUAAAAAGUCUUAUCAAGUAUCCAAAAUCCUACAAAUGGAUAGCUUUUCUAGAAAGGCAUAUAUGUCCGAGGACUAAUUUUUCUUAAUCGAGUUAUUCAUCCCUCGCAUUCACGUAAUAUACCACAAAAAGUUGGGAACCAUUUAUGUAUACACAUCAAACUUUAAUUGUUAUGCAUAGACUAAUUGACUUGAAAGUUUGAUGGUUUCUACUCUAAGUUAGUUAGCAAUUAAUGCAAAAAAUUAUAAAACAUACAUAUAUACCUAACUAAAAUUGGUAUAGGAAGACCAGAUAUGACUAGUUCCGUAUUUCUUCGCAAUUAGCCCCCCUUUUGUCAAGAAAUCUUCGUAUUUAUGUGUAUAUUUAUAUAUAGUUUUUACCAUAUUCAUUUACGUUAACACGCUAAUAUAGUAGCUUUUCUAGCGUGUAAACCAAAAUUUUACGUUUUUAAAGUAGUUUUAUGUUGUUAAUUAAUGCGUAAAACUAUACCCUUUUUUUGAAACUCUACUUGAUGAGAGAAAACUAUACUUGAUGAGAGAAAAUCUAUAGUUAUAUAUGGUAGCUAGUAAUUCACGUUCUUCAUAAUACAUUCUCGAUUUCUCACCUACUCAUACAUGACAUGAGUUUUGACAUAAAUGGAUACCAUUGAGUUGCGAAUAUUUGCUGCCGAUAACAUUUUUUUUGCCAAGGAUGUAAAUAUCAUAUAAAUAUGAAAGAUGUUUGUAAACUUUACAAAAAAAAAUUAAAACCAGACGGGGUGCACUUUGCCGAUAACAUAACAUGCAUGUAUGUUUGUGCGUUCAGUUUAAUUACUAAAAUAAAUGGCGCGACUGACUUUCUUUGAUUAAUUCAAUAGCAAGUAGUUAAUGUAACCAAACCUAUCAGUUCAUCAGGCCGCCUGAAAAAUGGGACCGUGCAUACUCGAAAGACUUACUAGACCGUAAUUAAGGUAAUUAUACUAUACAUUUAAAAUGAAAUAAAUCAAAUUAGUGACACAAUUGUAUUCAAAUUCAAUGGACGGUAGUUCAACAUUCAAAGAUUAAUUAUGGCAAUAUAAUAAAGCCUCUUACCAAAUUAAAAUAAAUCAAACAAAAAACUUAUGGAGAUGAGUGAUUUUGGCACCGACGUGAAUUUGACUAAAUUACGAGAGGGAGACUUGGUCACGAAGGUGUUAAUAAGCAUGUAAGAAAGAGAAACAAUCGUCGUUGACCAUUGACCCAAAACUUGGUCAUAUAUAAAAAUAUCUAACCGCCCACUAUAUCGCUAGGUUCUUUGCUUUUUCAGACGUACACAACAAGAAAUAACUUAAUCAAAACGCAACCCUAUUUCUAUUUUUCCUUUUCUAUCUUUUCCUUAUAUGCAUUCAAGAGUUCGAUCAAGAAGAACAAACUUACCAUGAACAGAUUAGUGAUAAUGGCUCCGGAAUCUCCUGUUUUCUUCCAGUCUCCUCUUGUUUUUUCUCCGACGUCGGUCAAAACGCCGUCGUCUUCACCACGUUCAACACCACAGAAGCUGACAAUGUUAGCGUGUCCUUCAAGGAAGGCCAAAGAGACGACUUCGUGUCCUGGCUCCGACACCGUGUUGAAAAGAAAAAGACCACCGAUGCUUGACCUAAAGUUGCCUCCGGUGGUUGCAUCGUGGUGUACUACGACGGUGAAGACGCCGGAAAAAGCGGAUGAGGUUGUCGAAGUAGAAGAAGAUGGAGUUUACUCUGUUUAUUGCAAGAGAGGAAGACGUGGACCAAUAGAAGAUCGGUACGUCGCGGCGGUUGAUCCCGACGAAAGAGUACGUAAAAAGGCUUUCUUCGGCGUUUUUGACGGCCACGGCGGAUCCAAAGCGGCGGAGUUCGCGGCCAAGAAUCUCGGUAGCAACAUUGACGCGGCGAUGGCGGCAGCGAGGUCAGGAGAAGAAGGUUACUCGACUGAGAGAGCCAUAAGAGACGGUUACAUCAAAACUGAUGAGGAUUUCUUGAAAGAAGGCUCGAGAGGUGGCGCGUGUUGUGUAACCGCUCUUAUAUCGGAAGGUGAGCUUGCGGUUUCGAAUGCAGGAGAUUGCCGGGCGGUUAUAAGCCGUGGUGGGGUCGCGGAAGCUCUUACUACCGAUCACAAUCCUGGUCAAGCAGAUGAGCUCAAACGGAUUGAAGCAUUGGGUGGUUAUGUUGACUGCUGCAACGGCGUGUGGAGAAUUCAAGGAACAUUAGCCGUCUCACGAGGAAUUGGAGACCGGUAUCUCAAGGAGUGGGUAAUAGCUGAACCGGAAACAAAAACAUUACGGAUAAAACCGGAAUUUGAGUUCUUGAUCUUAGCAUCUGACGGCCUUUGGGAUAAGGUAACGAACCAGGAGGCGGUUGAUGUGGUUCGACCGUACUGCGUAGAUGUGGAGAAUCCAAAGACACUCUCUGCUUGCCAGAAACUAGUCGAGCUAUCCUGUAAGAGAGGGUCCUUGGAUGAUAUUAGUCUAAUCAUAAUUCAGCUACAAAAGUUUGUGGCAUGAUUCAUUAAACAUCUAGUAUUAAGCUAAACUUGAUUAAAUUCGUUAGGUCUUAAGUUAUUGAAAAUUUUUGUCGGUAUUUACAUGUAAAUAUAAAUUUCAAACAUUAUUAACUAAUAUUAUUAUUAUUCCUGGGGAUCUCAAGAUCCAAGUGUCAUUA